AGUUGAGUUUCGACAUCGCCAGCAUUCGCGCGUUUGCCUCAAAAGUGAUUGAAAAAUAGCCGAGGAAUAAAAGAUAUAUUUUUUUUGGAAAUAUAUUCAAGAAUUUUGGAACUUUUUUAACAACAAAUAUCCACCAUGUCCGACGCAGCCGCAGCUAAUGGAAGCUCCUCGCCAGCUCCAACUCCUGAGGUGCCCGCUACCGAGUUGGCCCAAUUGGCGCUGGAGGAUGAGCCCAAGGUUAGCUUUUCGGAUCAGUUCAAGGCCUUUUCCAAGUUCGGGGACUCCAAGUCCGAUGGCAAGCUGAUCACGCUGUCGCAGAGUGACAAGUGGAUGAAACAGGCCAAGGUCAUCGACAAGAAGAUCACCACCACGGAUACGGGCAUCCAUUUCAAGAAGUUCAAGGCCAUGAAGAUCUCGCUCAGCGAUUACAACAAAUUCCUGGACGAUUUGGCCAAGACGAAAAAGGUGGAGCUGUCGGAGAUCAAGCAAAAAUUGGCCAGCUGUGGAGCUCCAGGAGUUGUGUCCGUUUCGGCUGGAAAAGCCGCAGCUGCCGUGGAUCGAUUGACGGAUACGAGCAAGUACACCGGUUCCCACAAGGAGCGCUUCGAUGCCUCCGGAAAGGGCAAGGGAAUCGCCGGCAGACGGAACGUGGUCGAUGGAUCCGGAUAUGUGAGUGGCUACCAGCACAAGGACACCUACGACAAUGCCCACUAGAUGGGGCAACCACCGUUUUUCACCCUCUCAUAAAUCUGUAUUUCUAACUUUUGUGUUUCCCUAGUUAAUGUCUCCCAAUCUAAUUUAUCUUUGUGUAUAUAAUAAGUUUGUGAUAAUUUAAGUGCUUACAAAUAAAUUGAUAUUUUUGAUUAUAA